AUGACGGGCCCGAAACCCGCGCCCGCCGCCUCGCAGAACCCUAGCGCGGCCCCGCCUCGUCGUCCUCCUCCUCCUCCUCCGCCGCCGCCGCCGCCGCCGGUGGCGGCGGUUGCGAGGGCGCGCGAGGAAGGCGAGCUCUCCUCCGGCGCCGACGACGACGAGACUCUGCAAACUCGGCUAGGUGCUACAUCCAUUCUUGGGAAGUUUGUGGAGGCUGGAUCUCAAGUGCCAUCGGCAACUCUCCUUGGUAAGGGCAGUAACACCUUGAUUGUCUCGAAUGCUCUGAAUCAUAAAGCGUCUGGUCCAAGUUACAAGAAGAUCAUGAGGGUGAAUCAGGGGCAAUUCAAGCCUGGCACUAAUCGGAAUCUUUCAUGGCAGAAGCCUGUGUCAAGUGAUAACCUUGUGAUAACUUUCUCAGAUGAUGAUGGUGAGACAGACUCUGGAAAGACAAGGCAAUGUAAAGUUAGGAAGGCCAGCUCUCAAGGUACACAGAGAACAGGGAACAGUAUGCAAACUAGGAUCAUGAGAGAGGAAGUAUCUCAGCAGAAAACCCUUGGUGCAAAGGCAGGUCCUGCACACUUGCCCGCUUUUCCAUUCACACACAGAAAUGUAGGGGCUGGCAGGGGAUCAGGUAAUACCUUUGUCAGGAACGAGCCACCUGUCCGCCAAGUUAAUCCUCUGAAGUCUAAACAGAAAAUUCAAAAUGGGGUAGGAGUACAUUCUGAAGAUCAUAGGUUAGAAAUCUUGCGCCAUAAAAUAGCUGCUAGAGAAAAUGAACUAAAAGGUCAAAAAAGACCUUUGUCCGCCGUUGCUACAAAGAAUGCAGAUUUUUCUUCCAAUCAGCCAAGGCUGCCAUCAGAAAAGAUAGGGCUUGAAGCUUCCAACAGUGGUGAAUAUUCACGCUUUAAUAGUCUGUCUGAACUUAAUUCAGGACCAAAUAAAAGGUUGAAGCUCAAUCAUCAGCAUUUGUACAGCCAAUUUCGCAGUGACUUGGUAACAUUGGCACCAAUAGGUUCUACAUCAGGAAAAAACAAUGUGCAAUCUUCAGAAGUGACAAAUCAGUUUGAAAAUGGAAUUACUAUGAACCUUAAUGUCAAUGAAACAGAUACAACAGUCACAACAGAACUUGCAAAUCAGAUACAACAAGGUGGGGCAAGUAAGAGCCUUCGUCACCACAAAGAUAUAGGAGGUGCUGGUAACCAUUCUAUGCUUGAGUCGCACAAUGGGGUUGCAGCACGACCACCAUUUACUGACACACAAACUAUACCAGAAGAUACUAGUGCUUUGGUGCCUGUCACGUCUGCCCAAGCUAGGCAACAGGUACUGCCUGUUGGUACUCCACCUGUGUUAGACGGAACGCCACAAUUGCAACCUGGAAAGGAGAAUGCUGGAUGUUUGAACUGCAGUGGCCAGAUAGGCGUAGACACACGGAACACAAUAUUGUUCUCUCUACUUGAGAUGGAAGAAUUACAAGACAAGGAAUUGGAGGAUGCUCAGGAGCAUAGACAAAAUUCUUUGAGUAUUCGGAAUCCUGAAGAUGGCCUUGCAAUGCCAUCACUGCUCAAUUCUCAGAUUCAUGCAGAUAGUCAGAUGCCUGAAAAUCAGGGUGGUAGACACAGGCUACAUCCUGAAGAACCUUCUCAGCAGCCAGUUGAUAAGCAUGAGGCACAGCCACACUAUCAUGAUAAGCUUGCUGCCAGCACAGCUGAUCCCAGCUCUGUGACUGCUGUCAAUGCGGAUAGCGUCCUUUCAGAUUACAUGGAGGAUGAUCUUCUGUUCCCCACUAGACAGGCAAGAUCAGAAUGCGCUUUGGAUCUGGAGAAUCAAAUGGAAGAAACUAUACAUGUAUAUGCAGCGGAAAACAGACAAGUUUCUGGUGACAGUGCUCAGGAUUAUGAACUUUUAGAAGCUUCUUUGAGGUCUAGAUUGGUUGAAAGAUUUGGGAAGAAAUCAUGCUUGAAUGGCACCAUUGAUGAAGGCACUGAAGAACUUGCUGUUGGAAAAGUAGCUGCAGAACAUGGCAAGCAGUCUACAUAUGUUGGACAUCAGUUACAGGAAGCAGAGCAGAAUAUUCUGACAACUCCUACUCCUGAAGGUACAAUGGAGCUGGAAAAUGAUGGUGCUGAAAAAACUGGCGGCCUCUCUAAUUCUAGUAGUGGUCCUUCAAUGGGCAACUGUGAUCCUGAGGACAACAUUUCUUCUCUCAAAGAGUUAGGCAUGCCAUUGGCUACGGACACUCUCAUUUUUUCUUCUUCAGCUCCACUAAAUGCUGCUAGACAAAUCAAGCGGGCAUUACCUGGGAUUUGCAAGGAGCCUUCAGAUUACAAAAAUGACUAUGUGACCAGUGAUGCAGCGUCUGAAGUUACAGAAAGUGUACAAGAUAUGAUACAUGACCUUGUUGGAGAAAAUAUGAAGAUUCUCCCAACUACCCAAAAGGAUAAUAAUAUGGUACACAGUGUGAUCGAUCCCUUCUGGCCCUUCUGCAUGUUUGAGCUUCGAGGAAAAUGCAAUGACGAAGAGUGCCAGUGGCAACAUGUUGAGCAUCAUGCUUGGAGAAAGCCAAAGCUUACAAAACGUUCUAUGACCUCUGUUUCAGGCCAGAUUCCUUAUGGUUUGUCUCAGCAUAUUCUUCCUGUGCCAGUGUAUCGUGUUGGUUCAAAUCUCAUUAAAGCUGAUCUGAACUUGACACAGUCAGUUUUGGCUAGCAGUUUAUGGCAAUAUUGGCAAAGGGGGUUUUGUGCUUCCUUUCCUUUACCUUUAUCUGUUCAAAGAGUUCUUCCAUCAGAUGCACCAUUCUUACAGGCUGGUGAUGGUCGGAUUGCUGAUUUUGAUAGGAACAGACAACUAUUAAAAUUUCGAAUGCUGGAUAGCAGGAAGAAUAAGAUUGUACAGGGUCCUGUUGAUAUUGAAUUAUUCUUGGAGGCAGCUCUUGAUUUAUAUUGUGGAAAAGGAAACAAGCCUGAAAGGAUCAAGGUGACUUCUGUAUUGGAUAUUGUACCCUUUAGUUUAGAACAUGUUUUAGCUACUUCUACACAGUUGAGCUCAGGCUCUUUCAUUUCUGGCGCGCGGUCCAUUGAGUCUGAUCCAAGUACAGUUAUCCUGUGGGUGUUUUAUCUCCAUAUUUACUAUCAAAAGGAUGAAGGACUUGGAAAAGAUGACAUGUUUUCUGAUGCGGUGCAACACAAUUUUUGUUCCUAUGAAUUAUGGCUUAUGUAUAUAAAUAGUAGGUUACGUGUUGAUGAUCGACUGGAUGCUUAUAACGAUGCUUUGAGCAUGCUCUGCCAAAUGACAGCUGACAAUGACAAGGAUCUACAAGAAAGAAGUGCUUUCAUACUAGACAUCUUCUUACAGAUGAUUUACUUCCUGUGCAUGUCUGGAAAUGUAGAGAAGGCAAUUUCUAGGAUUAUUGGAAUUCUUCCAACUGCAGUGCCUGAUAAUUCUGGUGACAAGUUGCUUGCUGAUGUCAUUUCUAGCUUGACCAUGUCCGACAGAUGCAUAUUUUGGAUUUCGUGCCUAUAUAUCUCAAUUUACAGGAACCUUCCAGAGGAAAUUAUUGAUCAGCUAGAGUUCCAGAAAGCUUUUCCUCGUGCCUUAAUAUGGCCUUCUAUUGAUCCCAGUGUAGAUAACAGAGAUAAGAUUAUAGAACUUUUAAAUUAUGCUGCUUAUAAGAUGGCUGAAGAUAUUAGUGAGUGUGUGUUAAAACGGGAUCCAUCUUACCUGAUGUUAUCACAAUUCCUCGCUGUUAACCACAUUAGUUGUCUAGCGGCUGUUGAAGGAUUCAAAUCUUCUGCUGAUAUGCUGGUGACGUACAUGAAGGAGUACCCAAUGUGUCCUCAGAUUCUGCUUAUCUCAGCUCGGUUAGACAGAAAGCAUGGUACAUGUCCUGGUCUGAAAAGCUUUGAUGAGUUGAUCUUGAAUUGGCCUAAAGAGGCACAAGGAAUUCAAUAUAUGUGGAAUCAAUAUGUUGAGCAUGUUCUGGCCACUGAUACCGAGUUAGCUGAGAAGGUACUGACUUGCUGGUUUGAAGAACACGGAAAAGAUUGUGAUAUCCAAACCAAUUCUGCUAUUUGUAUAGAACUGAGCAGCGAAGAGCCUGGAACAUCAUCACUUGUUCCCCAGGAAGUUGGUUCUGGUCCAUCUAUAUCAGAAGAUCACGUCUUUCGGUUAUUAAACCUCUCAUUGUACAAGAUACUGGAGAACAACCUACAGGAAGCACAAAUUGCUGUGGAUAAAGCAUUGAAAUUGGCUCAUGGGGAGUGGUUCGAGCACUGUAUAAGAGAACAUGCUGCAAUUCAUGCACUGGAGCUGGAGAAAUCGUCGUCUUCGACAGAUGCUCAAACUCGGGCUACAUUCAGUUUGAUCAUUGGUUACCUUGCAGAUCAUCGCAACUUGCCCACGAGGGAGCUGCUGUCACGAAGGUUUUGCCAGAAUGUUAAGAAGCAUAGGCUUAGGCAGCUUAUAGAUGACACUAUUGGUUCUGUUCCUGCAGAUUCUUCUCUGAUAAAUUCUGUCCUUGAAGUGUGCUUUGGUCCGUCUCUCCUUCCAAAAAGAAUUGGCGAUGUGAAGUACCUGGUAGAUUUUGUUGAAAUGGUCAUGGAGGCUCUUCCAGCAAACUAUCGCCUAGGCUUAGCAGUUGGUGGAUUUGUAGCUAAGCACUUCACAGGUUCUGAUGCAACCUCCACUGGGACCAGGUUCUGGGCAAGCUCUGUUCUGAUCAACGCCAUCUUCCGAGCUGUACCUGUCGCACCAGAAUCAGUAUGGCUACAAGGUGCAGAUCUCUUGCAGAAAUUGCAUGUCACAGAGAUUGUGAAGAGGUUCUACCAGCAAGCAGCAUCGGUCUACCCCUUCUCCUUCAAGCUGUGGCACGCGCAUCUGAAUUACUGCAAAGCCAGUGGGAGCAACACUGAGAGCAUCGUGGAGAACGCGAGGCAGCGUGGCAUCGAGCUGAAUCUGACACCAACAUACCCACGUAGCACGCACAAAACCAUCAAGGGCGUCGACGCCGGCACGACGCCUCCAUCCUCGACCUCCAGCUCUACCGGUCCCAGGAGGAGGCCCGAAACCCUACCGCCCCCGGCGCCGUCGCGGCCGCUGCUUCCGGACGACCUCGGGGCCAAGAACUCCAGCGUUGAAUCCCGUGCCCACAAGAAUUCGAAGCCCACGCACGUAAUCAUCGCCGCCAGGGGGCUCGCCGGCGUCGGCGCAUCGCAGCCCCGUCCACGGAUCUGCCGGCACGUACAACGGCGACGCAAGGCGUACUCCUUCGCGCUCUCACCACCACAUAUCCUCAAUGCCUUUGUCCUUAGCGCGGGUCUGCUCAAGAAGGCCUUCGAGCUCUCCAUCCUUGAGCAGGUGGAUGAGGAGCUGAGGCAACACUCAGGAAUUGACUGCAUUUGUAGCGGAACAACUGCAGUCGCUGUUGUUAGGCAGCUAAGAGGGGGGCAAGGGUCUGAGAAAACAUUGUGUUGGGAUUGGAGAAAACAUUCUGUGAACUGCUUGUGUGUGACCUUUUUUCAAGUGAAAUGUCGACCAACAUCAGAGGGUUCAGGAACUCAUGAUAGUGAAGAGGGUCAUACAUCUUCGAUGCCACGUCGUAAACGGUCCAAUGUUUGGGAACAUUUUGAGAAAGCCUUGGUUGAUGUGGAUGGUGAGCUAAAAGCUGUUUGCAGGUACUGUCAACUGAAAUUGAGUACCAAGUUUGGUACUAGUAGUCUUAGAGGCCAUGUUGCCAAUUCUUGCCCAGCAAUUGAGAGUGAUACCAGAAAGAGAUUUCAAGCAAGCAUGAGCAAACAACCAUUAGAUGCAAAUUUUGUCUUUGAUCCCCACCUCUGUCGUCAAGAGAUGAUCAAGUAUUUAAUUCAUGCUGAGAUUCCAUUUCUGGAAUUCGAAGACCCGUACUUGCAGCCAUGGAUUAACACAAUGCAACCAACUUUCAUAGUCAAGGGUCAGCAAACAAUCCGCAAUGAUUCCUUCCAGAAAUUUGAGAAGCUAAAGAAAGAGCUUUAUACUGAACUUCAGAAUUUGGAUUCUCGUGUUUGCUUGACAUCAGAUAUAUGGACAUCAUCGCAGAACUUAGAAUACAUGGCUGUAACAGCUCACUACAUUGAUGCAGAAUUUAAGAUCAAUCAAAAGAUCAUUUGGUUUAAAAAACCAGAGUAUCCUCACUCCGGCAUUGCAAUUGAAGAAGAAAUAGUGAGGUGCUUGACAGAAUGGGAUAUAAGGGAUAAAUUGUUUACUUUGACAUUAGAUAAUGCAAGUAAUAACACUUCGGCAUGUGAGGAGUUGAUAACAAAUCAUAAACAUGAGUUAUUGUUUGAUGGUGAACAUCUACAUGUUAGAUGUUCUGCUCAUAUUCUUAACAUCUUGGUUCAGGAUGGGAUGACAGUGAUCCAUACAACAAUACAAAAGAUUCGUGAGCUGCUGAAGCAUAUUGAUUCUUCUGUCUCAAGACUUCAAGCGUUCAAUUCGCUUGCAAAUGGGAUGGGUUGGCCUCAAAGUCCGCUAUCUACCUUGACAUCCCAAACCGAUGGAACUCAACCUUCAAAAUGCUUAGGGAAGCAUUAA